UGAUGAUACUACACACAAACAAAUCCCAUGUUGCCCAGAAAACUGGGACCUGCUUUCUCUCCCAGAAGGCCCUAGGGUGUGGCUGAGUGAGCUGACCACUUGAGAAUCCUUUUAAGGGGAAAAUAUCCAGAGAGAAAUCCCCUGCCAGGGAUUGACAGGGUCACACACAACCCCACUGCCCCACACAUUGGCCAGGACUGAGGGUGCCGGCACCAUUGUAUGGGUUGGAACAAGCAAACAGUCACUCGGCCCCUGGUACAGUCAGUGAUGGCCUCGGUGCUGGGAUCGUUGCAAAUUGGUUACCACACAGGAAACAUCAAUGCCCUACAGAUGGCGCAAUUCCAUCCUGAUUGCUAACUCCUUCUCCCUCAUGGCCGUGGCAUUCAUGGGCGUCUCCAAGAUUGCAGGCUCCCUGGAGGCACUGAUUGUGGGGCGCUUCCUCAUUGGACUCUUCUGUGGACUCAACAUGACCCUGAUUCCCCUUUAUAUCCAGGAGAUAUCCCCAAAGGUCCGUGGGGCCUUCUCCACCAUGAACCAGCUGUCUCAGACAGUGGGCAUCUUCGUUGGGCAGAUCAUGAGCCUGGAGAACGUCAUGGGCACUAGCCGAUGGUGGCCACUCAUGCUGUCCUUGUCUGCCAUACCUGCCAUCCUCCAGUACCUCACCCUCCCUUUUUGCCCCGAGAGCCCCCGUUACUUUAUCAUCAAUUGCCAUGAAGAUGAACUGGCUGCCAGAGAACUCCAGAGGCUCAGAGGUACCCAAGACGUCUUGGAAGAGAUUGAGGAGAUGAAGGAAGAAGCAGCCAACCUUAAGGGAACAGAGGAUGUUACCAUGCUGAGACUAUUCAUUGUCCCCAGCUACAAGCAGCCCAUCCUGAUUGCUCUCAUUCUUAAUACCAGCACCCAGCUGUCAGGGUUCAAUGCUAUAAUCAACUAUUCCACAAAAAUAUUCCGGCUAGCUGGUGUUGCCCAUCCCACACACACCACCAUGGGAAUUGGGGCCAUUAACAUCCUCUUCACAAUAUUCUCUGUCUUCCUUGUAGAGAGACUGGGCCGGAGGAGCCUGCUCAUGUUUGGUCAGUUUGUUAUGGCUUUAUGCAGUAUGCUGCUCACUCUUUCCAUUGCUACACUGGGUGAAGUGCCAUGGACAAAGUACUUUCUCAUCUUGGCCCUUUUCACCAUGGUGGCAUUCUAUGAGAUUGGUCCUGGUCCCAUAUCUUGGUACAUCACAGCAGAGCUCUUCAGCCAAUCAGCACGUCCUGUCACCAUGGGGCUCACCAGUAGUUGGAACUGGUUUCAUAAAUUCAUCGUAGCCAUGUUCUAUCAGCCGCUCCUGGUAAGGGAUAUGGAUAUAAGGAUCGCCGGGGUGACCUUUGCUGGUUUCCAGUGA